UACUCACUCUCUAGUGUUUGUUGGCUUAUGUUUUCAAACUACUUUGAUCUUUGAAUUCUUACAGAAUGUGCUAAGUGGUCAUCUUUGUCUCUUAUCAAUUUCUUUUCUCCUUUUUUAUGCAAUUAUUAUAACUCAUCUGUAUUUAUAAAGCAAGGAGAAAAAAAAGGCUUAGAAAUCCAUUUGUUUGUGAAUUUUUAGCCAAUACCUUCAAUCAACUAGUAAUACUUUUGUAUUUGUUUUUUCUUGGUGAAAAAUGAGUAUACCCCAGUUGUUCAUUUGCCCAAUUAGCCUAGACUUGUUCAAAGAUCCAGUCACUCUUUGCACAGGCCAAACUUACGAUCGAUCAAGCAUAGAAAAAUGGGUUGCUGCUGGUAAUCUUACAUGCCCUGUUACAAUGCAGAAGCUUCAUGAUCUUUCCAUGGUUCCGAAUCACACUCUUCGUCAUUUGAUUCAUGAUUGGCUGCAACCUCAGCUCGGUAUUCAUCGACUAAGCAUUAAUGAUUCUCUAGCAUCAUUAAAACAUCAGCUUCAAUCUCACGACUCUACCUUGCACGACAAGUAUGAGACCCUUCAACGAACUCGAGCUCUAUCCGAAGAAUCCACCUCCAGAAUUUUAUGUUUAGUUCACUCGGGAUUCUUCCCAUUGCUUUUGGAACUCCUGUUUCAAGAAAUAGCGCCUCAAAUAUCCCAAGAAAGCAUCGAAUUUGCAGAGCAGUCACUUUGUUGUGCUCUGAAGCUGCUUCCUUUCGCAGAACACAAGUCUUUAAAUAUUCUACGCCAAGAAUCGAAGUUGGAAUCGUUCAAGAUUUUGCUCGAAUUCGGUACUAGCAAAAUCAAGGUUGGUUUGUGCCAUCUUAUAGAGGCAAUCUCAUCAUCUUUAGAUACAAGAGAGCUAUGCUUGAUGCUAGGCAGAAACCGCGGACUAUUACGAAUUCUGGUUCAGCUGGUUGAAGAUAAAUUUGGGGGCGGAAUCAACGCGAUAUCUGCAUUAUGCUCGUUGGAAACGAACAGGGAGAUUAUGGUAGAAGAAGGGGUAGUGAAUGGACUUGUGAGUUACAUAUGUAAUGGUGAAGACUUAGCGGGAAGCGCCAUGGCAACGAUUGAGGUUCUAUUAGGGGUAGAGAGCGGAAAAGAGGCCGUAAUCGAGGAUGGUAACGGGAUAAGGGGUAUAGUGAAGAUGGUUUUCAGGGUAUCUGAUCAUCAAAGUAGUGAAAGUGCAGUGAGGUCACUCAUCAUUCUAUGUAGCCACUCAUUACAGGCAAGGGAAGAAGCAAUAUGUGCUGGAGUUUUGACUCAGUUGUUAUUGCUUUUGCAGAGUCAGUGCAGUUGCACCACCAAAUCAAAAGCAAGGUUGUUGCUUCAGCUACUCAGAUCCAAUUGCAAUCAAUAACCAAACAAUCUAUGUCACAUUAUUUGGAUCUAAUUUGUAUGAAAUACAAGUUUAUGGACCAAAAUGAUAAUUCUCUCAAGAUUAUUUAUGUCAUAUGGGAUGUUUUCCUUUCUUAUGUGGGUCUUUUCUUCUCGUACUUUUGUGAAUAAAGAAUCAAGUAUCGUUAAUUGUACUUUUCCCAAAUAAAAUUAUUUUAUAGCUUC